CAUAAUUUAACGGCAAUGGCCGGCGACAGUGACGGUACAGAUCCCGAUUACGAGAGGUUUCUCCGUCAAAUCGGCGCCGCCGCCGACGAGAGUGAACUCGCCGCCGGUGACAUUAUUUUGUUAGAAGAUGGAGAAGAAGAAGAGGAAGAAGAAGAGAUGGAUGAAGACGAAGAAGAAGAUGAAGAAGAGGAGGAGGAGGAAGAAGAAGAAGAAGAAGAGUCGAGUACUGGAAGGAGGACGUUGCGUAGGGUUUUGUAUGGAGAUCGUGGUGCUGCGAGAAUUUCAUCUCCAGAGCGGGUGAUUAAUGUUGAGAAUUUGGAUAAUUCUGCUGUGGAAAGUGGAGAUGAUACGAGUAGGAGCAAAGAAGGGGAAACGGCGUCGCAGAAUGCUGAUAAGGAAGAAGGCGGUGGAAGCGGCGUAGGAGAGGAGUGGAAUCGAAGUGAAAUUGAUGGUUUGUUUUGUUCUAUUUGCAUGGAAGCUUGGACAAAUGACGGUGACCACCAAAUUUGCUGUCUUCCUUGUGGGCAUCUAUAUGGUUUGUCGUGUAUCAAAAAGUGGUUGAAACAAAAAGGAAGGUUAGGAAAGUGCCCCCAAUGUAAUAAGAAAUGCACAGUGAAGGGUAUUCGAGUACUUUAUGCUUCUCGACUUCAUGCUGUUGAUGAAGAACUUCAAAAGAAAAUUAGGUCUCUUGAAGCCAGUUGUUUUUCUCUUGAAAAAGAGUGCACUGAUUGGUGUAAGAAAGAACUUGAGUGGAGGAGGAGAGAAGUUGAGUUACAUAAGCAAGUGGAGCACCUCAAAGAGAGAACAACUGAGGGUUCAACAACUGAAAUGCAAAGCAGGUCAUCUGUACGCAUUUUUGGAUGCAAUAUCAACGGCAAAUCUGAAAAACGUGAAUAUGCAAAUAGUUUUCUUUUGCAGAAAGAGAUUCAGAUUGAUGGUGCUCGCCUAUUUGAUGUGGACAUCAAUGGUGAGAAUUUGAUGAUUGCCAGAAGGCUCUCUGGAAUGGGAGGACAGCAUAUGCUUACCAAAAUCAGUCUGUUGCCUCCGCAUGAAAGAGAAGACAUUCUGCUUCCUGCGAGCAUGAAAACUAUCAAGGACUUGCAUGUUUCUCCUCAUGAUAGAGUCAUACUCUUGGCUUCUUUAGGGAAGAAGUUGUCAAUUCUUAGUUCUGAAAACAACCAUACUGUUCUGACAUACGACUUACCGACUGUUCCUUGGUCAUGUGCGUGGGAUGCCAACAAUUCGCAGUACAUGUAUACCGGUUUACAGAAUGGCAUGGUUUUGCAGUUUGAUCGGCGUCAAACUACAAGGCCAGUGGAAUCUAUGACGGGGUUGACAGGAAAUCCUGUUCAUACUGUGCAUUCCCUUACAUCUCCUACACUUGGUGAUGGCGUUAGAAGUGUUCUUUCUGCAUCUUCAGUAGGCUUGUGCCACUGGAACUUUGGUAGUGGUGACGGAAGGCCGUGCUUGGUCCCUGAGUCAGAGAAUCAAGGAAUCUGUAUAUCUCUCGCUUGUGGAGAUAGAAAUGAUGACAUAGUUGCCUCUUUCCGUCCUAAACUGGAGAUCUCUGGUGACAUGGCUGCUUCUCAAGUAUUGCCCACUCCAGUUUCUACAAUGGAGCAAGCAGUAUACGGCUCUCAUGUUCUUUACAGGAGAGUUGGCAGCAGAUACGAGAAGUUAGGAGUUUCUUGUGCCAAAGUUAGUGCCAUCCGACUUCCAAAAACUGCUAUAAUUGAUAGAGGGAAGAAGAACCCCAUGUUUGCCUCUGGUGAUGACGCAACAAUGGAACUGGUCUUACAAGAAUUGCCAUCUUUAAAUGUGGCUCAGCGUAUUAAAUCUCUGAACGGCCCAGUUCGCGAUGUUAGGUAUGCACACCUCCAAAAUUCGGUAUUGCUGGGUUGUUUGAGUGAGGAUAAACUGCUGCUUUGCUCACAUAAACUCCAAUGAGAAAAGGUGGCUUCGAAGACUCGUUAAAUCACCAGUAUGCUGGAUGCUUCAUGUGACCAAAAUUUUGACUGUAUAGUUUAGCAUCUAAUGGGUGUAGAGAUAGCAUCUUUUUCUUUUGGUAGCUUUAGGACCCUGCUGUGAGUUUAGGUCAGAGCGUAGGCAGGUUGUAGAAAUAAUAUACUAUGUAAUAAUGCCGUGUAAGUUCUGUUCUAUACACUGUUAGUGUAUGUGUAAUUUAUUUAUUUUUUGGUAAGAACUAAGAUGUAUAUGUGUAAGUUAUAAUAUAAGGUAAAGUUGACCUGCAACUGUAACGAUAGAUAAAUCUUCUUAUCAAGUUUCAUAGAGUAAAAGCUUGUUCUAACUAGUUAAAUAGCAGAUACUAUCAAUAUCUUCAGUCCAAAA